AUGUCAGAGGUCAAUGGGUCAGGUUCUGCACCAGGAUCUCUCUCCCUACCACUUUCAGGAAGUUUAGGCGAACUGUCGAAACUGAUUGAAGAGAAACCAUGGAUAUUAGCUGCGUCUGAAGGUGAUCAGCAAGUCGCUGAAAAGGCUUUGCAAGUUACCAAAGAUAUCUUUGAUUUGGGUAUAUCACUUGAACCUCUCUCACAUUCUCACUUACAUCCCUUCCUCCUAUCGAUACUCGAACCACCAUCAAUCAACACCCGCUCUCAGUCCAAACAGAAAUCAACUUCCGGAAAGGAUGAAGGACAAGAGGAUGCCAAGCCAGAUGUCGAAUCUUUCUUACCGUAUACCCCAUUGUCGGUAUUGACAGUAGAUGGACUGGAUCCGGAACAGGUAUGGGCUCAGUUGGAGUUACGUUCCGAGGCUUUAUCAAAGGUCGUCAAAGAAGUUGGAGGGUCAAAUAACCUAGAAGAAGAAGAUCAAUUACAGGAUCUGGAAAGCGAUGUUGAAGAUGAAGAUGAGAGUGAAGAAGAUAUGACGAUAGAGGAAUUCAGACAGAUGUUGAUUGAGUCUGGGGAGACGCAGGCUGCUGAGAUGGAUGAUGAGGAACUGAGGGAGUUGAUGCAUGAUCUGGAUGAUGAUGAUGAUGAUAGUGAUGAAGAUGAAGACGACGAUGAAGAAGACGAAAACGAUGAUGACGAGGAACGUAUCGGAAGCGAGGAAGAAGAAGUAGAUUUAGGAGGAAGUGAUGAAGAGGAGGAAGACGUUGAGAUGGAUGAAUUCGAUCUUGGUGAAGAAGAAGAUGACGAGGCCGAGGAUGAAAACGAAGACGAGGAGGAAGAAGAGGAAGAGGAAGAUGACGAAGACGACGAUAUGUCCGCUCUAUUUGGUGCAGGUCCCUCUCAACCACAACAAAGAGGUAAAAAAGCACAUCCAACCCUUGAUGACGAUUUCUUCUCGAUCGACGACUUCAAUCGACAGACUGAAGAACUAGAAGCUGGACGAUUGACUUCCGGUAGAUUAGGAGGUGAUGAGGACGACGAAGAGGAAUUGCAAGAUGUAGGGGAUAUGAUGCUUUCUGGUGCAGGGGAUGAUGAAGAAAUUAUGUACUCUGAUUUCUUCGAAAAACCAAGAGGUCUACCCAAACCUGCUGCUACGGCGAAAGGCAAAGGAAAAGCCAAAGAAACGAAGGUCAAAGCUAAAGGAAAAGGAAAAGGCGUGAGAUUCGAUGAAGAUGAUCAUAUGGAUGAAGACGAUGAAGAAGAAGAUGAUGAAAAUGCCGCAUACGAAACAAUGGGACGUAUGAAAGGUGAUUUGUUUGACAGCGAUGACGAAGAAGACCAAGAGGAGAAGAAUUUAUCGAAUCAUGAGAAACGACAACUUGCUCUAGCUCAGCAGAUUGCUGAAUUAGAAUCCGAAGCUGUUGGACCGAAGGACUGGACAUUAUUGGGAGAAGCCACUUCCAAAGCUAGACCCGAAAACUCAUUAUUGGAGGAAAAUCUGGAUUUCGAACAGGUUCAAAAAGUUGUGCCUGUUAUCACGGAUGAGAGUGUCAAAUCUUUGGAGGAGAUCAUCAAGACUAGGAUACUGGAUAACAACUUUGAUUCGCCAGUCCGGGUACGAGCUUACGAACCCACGCCAUUCUUACCAUCAAGGUAUUUCGAAUUACAAGAUACUCAAUCGAACAAAUCCCUCGCUCAGAUAUACGAGGAAGAAUACCAAGCUGCUUCGUCCGGUACGAAAGUGACGGAUCAACGCGAUGAGAAGUUGAAGAAGCAACACGAUGAGAUCGAUAAGCUAUGGGAUGAAGUCUGUUACAAGUUGGAUGCUUUGAGUAGUUUGAACUUUGUUCCCAAGGCUCCUAAAGCUCAAAUCAGUACGAUCUCUGACUUACCUACCACAUCCAUGGAAACUGCUCUUCCAUCUACCAUGGGCACUUCAACAAUGUUAGCGCCAGAAGAACUCUUCCAGCCGCCUACAUCGGCUUCUCUCGUUGCUCGAUCUGAGUUGACACCUGAAGAGGCGCAGCGUGCCAGACAGAAGAACCGAAAGGUGAAACAAGCCCAACAGAAGAAAUUGAGCGGUAUGGCAGAUCUGUAUGGAAACAAGAAGAAGAAAUCGGUCAGAGAGGAGAAAGAAGAGGCAUUGAAGGGAUUGGUGAAAGCUGGGAAAGGUGUGACGGUCAUUGGCAAAGGGAAUAAGGAGAUUGAUAAGUCGAAGAAACGAGGAAUGGGCGGUGAGGAGAAUAGUAACAGAGAAGGUGGGAAGAGGUUGAAGUUACCUAGCGUCAGGCCAAGAUCAUUGUCACGCUCAUCAUCUUCACCUUCUCCACCUCCCGAAUCAGCCCUUUCUACAUCUUCCCCUAGGUCCUCCCCUCUCCCUUCUGGAGGCGGGUUCGGGGGACCUAGCAAUGGGACCAACGGACGAUCUUCCAGGAAGUCUUUCGGUGCGAGCUCAUCUUCUACCAUAAGAAGUAAGAACAGAGCCCCAAGUAGAGGAUCCUUACCCCGCUUUCAACCCGACAAAGCAACCCGUCCGCAAGGGAACGGAGAUACUGUAGUCACCGGGCGUGAUGGAGAUGGAAAUGGAAAUGAUAAUGAAUAUGCGUCAACCAGUCAAUAUGGUUAUGGAGCAUCUGCCAGCUCACCUUCGUGGAUCAGCGGGAGCGAAGAUAAUAGAGAAUACCUGGAUGAUUUAAAUGGCGAUCAAACGGAGAUAGAGAAUGAACAGAUGAAACAGAGGAGGAACGUCGCAGAACAGAUCGAACAGGACAGAGUAGCUACUCCCUCACCUGGUCCUCCUCCGAACCGCAAUUCUGCCCAAACACGACGACACUCUAAAGCGACCCAUCAUCAUCCUGUACCACCUGUAUAUACCCUACUUCCUGCUGAAAUGGGAUAUCAGAUACCCCUCUUUGGGUCCGAUAGGAAAGGUAAAGGGCGAGCUAUAAAUCUGAGGCUGAGAAUCACGAGGAAACGAUGUGAGAAUGCUAUAUUGCUCUCAGCGGUGAUAUUGGGAAUAUGGAAACUUGGUUGUAAUUGGGGUGAAAAAGCUUUAGCAGGCGAGAUAAGUUUUUUGGUUGGGCUAUCCAUUAUAUACACCUGCGUCAGAUUUCGCCCGACCAGAUUGAAACUACCUUCCCCUCAACCUUCGACGAAUGGUAGGCCUCAAUCACCCCAACUACAACCUCAUUCAUCACUAUCGGCAAAUGUCAGAGAACGAAUGAGUAGGAGUUCUACCGGCAACUCAGCUCCUGGGAUGUCACCGCUUUUAGUAGGAAAAGAUGAUCGAAGCAGAAGUGGAUACAUGGACGAAGAUGGUCAGAUUGGAAUGGGAGGCAGAGGUUGUUUGUGGGGUACGGAACCUAGGGAAUACAGGGAAAGUCUGGAUGAUGGCAUCUUCUUCGCUUUACUACUUGGACCUUUAGUAGCAUCCGCUUUGUUACAUGCUGCUUUAACUCAACUAUCAACAAAUCCCGAGUCGCCUUUGCCUGGCAAUUGGAAUAUCGAGUUUCCUUCAGUACUAUCUUCCACACCCAUCCGAAAGUUCGCAAGCUCAAUAAACACUCCAACAUCAGAUACGAUCAAAGCAUUAUCUGCAUUAGCUACCUCCCGUCGUAAUCUCGUUCAGCUUUUCACCCUUUGCAGUUUCGUCUUACUCGUCCAUCUAACACGAUCAUUACAUCUCGAAAUCAAACAAUCCAAACAGUCUCCUCUUACCCCUCUUUCCCCUCAAAUCGCUUCAGUCAAUCUGGAAAGAGAUAACAGCGAUUACGCGAAAUUGUCCGCUCAGCAAUCGAGCGGUACUUACUGGCUCAGAUUGGGCGAAUGGAAACGGACGCGGAGUGUGGUCGGUUUCGCUUUCCUCGUUACGGGAUGUUGUGUGAUCGUAAAGAUCGUCACUGCCAUUAUAGGCAGAGGAGUAUGGAGCGACAUGUCACCUUCUGAUAUCGUCAUCGCUACGCUGUUCUACCAAUUCAGUCUUUACGUGUGUGUCAGGUUGGCCAGACGAGGCUUCACCCUUGGCGAAUUGGGCGUAGUAUGUAAUGCUGCAACGGCACUGUUUAUGGAGGUGGUCAACUUGACUCGAAUGAAGAUCGUGUUGCUGCAAACACCUUAUAUCAAGACCUACCGACUUCCCACGCCAUUACUCACAUUCCAACUUGCUCUUAUACCUGGGUCCUUACUCGCUGGAUUCCUCUUAUCCCCAUUACUAUAUCUAUCGCGUCAUCUGGCUCAGAAACCCGCUCAUCGACUACGAUUCCCACAUGAAAAACCCGUACAUCGUCGACUCCUCGCUUUGGGCUUCUACGGUGGAUCAGCUUUAGUAUGUGGUGGGCUAGUCGGUCUAUGGACACAAUGGUUGUUGGGCGGACGUAAUCCAUGGGUAUGGGUGGUAUAUUGGUUCUUUGAAGGUGAACACGCUUGGACGAGACCUGUCCUCAUAAGCUAUUGGGGUGGUCUGGCCGCUAUAUCAGUAGCCGGCUGGAAUAGACAGCUGAACAGAGCAAGAAGACAUAGAAGGUAUACUGUUCCCGGACCAGGAAAUAACAAUACUACCAGAGGUGAAAUGGCGAAUAAUCCGAUCCCUACUCAAGAAGGAGAUACGAUUAGUGGAGUGGCAAGUUCAAUGAUGGAUGCCGCCGAUCAAAAAUUACCUACUUUGUCUGUCAAUGCAAGAAGAAAAUUCUUUCACGCUUUGGCUGUGGUCAUGUUCAUACCUGGCAUAGCUGUCGAUCCCGCAUUCACCCACUUGUCAUUCAGCGUGGCCUUUGCAGCCUUCAACUUCGCAGAGUACAUACGAUACUUUGCUUUGUGGCCUUUCGGCGUGUCCGUCCAUUUGUUCUUGAAUGAAUUCUUAGAUCAUAAAGAUUCGGGGACGGCUAUUCUAAGUCAUUUCUAUCUUUUGGCUGGGUGUGCUUCGCCAUUAUGGCUCGAAGGCCCAUCAGAGAUUUUAUGUUAUUUCGGAGUACUUUCGCUGGGUAUCGGAGAUGCCUUGGCAAGUAUAGUAGGGCGCAAGAUAGGUAGACUCAGAUGGACCACAUCGUCAGGGAAAACAGUAGAAGGUAGUAUAGCGUUCUUACUUUCCAUGUUGGCCUGUUCGGGAUCAUUGUGGAUGGUCGGGGUGGCGGAUCCGUUCAAACCCUUGCCAUACACUAUCACAACGACUCUGGCGACAUUGCUAGAAGCGUUUUCGGAUCAAAAUGAUAACUUGAUAUUACCGAUGUACGGCUGGGCAUUAGGUAUUCUGUUAGGUGUUUGA